CCCCUGAGGUUCUUCAGGCUCGGGCAGAGUUUCCAAGCCGCGUUCGAUGAGGCCAAGUCCCGCCCUGUGGAAGAACCAAGCGCUCGCAAGAAGCGUCAAGUGACUUUCUUAACCUACCCCGUCACCUCCGCCGUCAAUGUUAAGACCGGAGAAGAUGACAAGACUACUGCUAUUCAAGUCCCAACCCCCAUGGUCUACUCAUAUCCAUUCAGCCCCCUCACGAAUUACGCAUCGUUCCCAUAUGCUUACCAUGGCUACCCCUACUACAUAAACCCGUUCGUUCCCAAGACUGAGGAGGUAAAGGCCGAGCCUAAGCCUGAGGCUGAGGCUGUCGUGGAGGCUCGUCGUCGUCGCAGAGAGGCACAGUAUGUCUUCCCUCUCAAGUACACUGCAGACUAUGCCAAGUUCAAGACCCAGGAGUUCGAGAAGAUUGAGUCCGACACUCCCGCUGACACCACCAAGAUCGAACUUAAGGAAAAGGAGUACAAGUUCCCUUCCAUGUAUUAUCCAUACUCUGCCUACACUCCUUACUCUGCCUUUACUCCUUACGGUUUCAAUCCUGCCAUCCCCUACUCUGCUCCAUUCCCUUUCCCUCUCAUUCCUGCUCCCGUUAAGAAGGAGUAGGACCUCGCGCUAUCAACACUCUCAUUCCUUAUGACAGCAAUUCAUUUUGAAUAAUAUUAUUUGUAUGUAUGUAUGAGGUAUGCGUUGGUGUCACUGAGUCGUUCGUAUACAGCUGCGACAGACGCGUCUUUGACGUAGCUCGUGUAGCUGUCACACAUGUCUCUUUCACACUGGCUGCCUCAUGUAUGCCUCUAAUAUUUUGGUGUAGCUGCUAUCUUCGUUGCGGGUG